AUGGAUGUCAUGGAAGCACUCUUCAGGCCUGUGAUAGAUUACUACAAAAUGUAUUAUAAUCGACAACCAAUGGGAGCUGAAUGGGGUUUAGGAUGGAGCAACAUAAAAACAAGAAUUUAUAACUAUCCAAGAGAUUGCUUACAUCUUUUGAGGAUGCGUAUAGAGGUCUUUACACGUCUAUGUGAGACAUUGCACACAGAUUUUGGAGUGAGAAACACAAAAAACAUAUCGGUAGAAGAAACAGUGGCAAUGUUUCUUGUUAUAUGUGGUCAUAACAUGACACAACACUCGGUUGGGCUCUUAUUUGGACGCGCACAAGAAACAGUUGGACGCAAAUUUCAAGAAUGUCUUAAAGCAUGCAGAAAACUAUCUGGUAGAUUACUUAAGAAGCAGUCUCCUGAGCAGCUCCGACAAGUACCUCGAGGUUUACGAGAUAAUACUCAAUAUUGGCCUUAUUUUAAUGGUUUUAUUGGAGCAAUGGAUGGCACUCAUUGUACGGUUAUGGUAGCUGGUGGCGAGGCAGCUCGAUUUUAUAACAGGCAUUCACAAACAAGCAUUAAUGUUUUGGCGAUAUGCAACUAUGAUAUGUUAUUCACUUACAUAUUUGUAGGAUGUCCUGGAUCCGUACAUGACGCUAGAGUUUUGUCUUAUGCAAUGGAGCGUGAUUCAACUUUUCCAAUUCCUCCGCCAUCCAAGUAUUAUCUCGUAGAUUCCGGUUACGCUAAUACAAGAGGAUAUUUAGCUCCAUUUAGAGGUCAUAGGUAUCAUUUGCCACAUUUUCAAGUUGGCUCCCCACCGAGAGGUGAAGAAGAGUUGUUUAAUCGGUGGCAUUCUUCACUCCGCUCAGUGAUUGAACGAACAUUUGGAGUUUGGAAGAAAAAAUGGAGGAUUUUAUCAGAGUUUCCCAGAUAUGGGGUCGAAAUUCAAAACAAUAUUAUCAUAAGCACAGCUGGAUUGCAUAACUUCAUUCGUCUUUCUCAAAUUCAAGAUUUUGAUUUUGAUGAUGCGUAUAUUGACGCAAUACCACGAGAACAGUUUAAUAGUAAUGGAGAAGGUGAAGAAGGCGAAGAAGGUGGAGAAGGCGAAGAAGUAAUUUUUUUGCAAGAACAAGAGGAAACAACAGAUGGUGUCUAUAUGCAAACAAUACGAGAAGGAAUAAAACAACAAAUAUGGGAUGCUUUUCAUUAA